UCGCUGCAGUGUCUCGUGUCUCGUGGCUGGGAUAUCAACACAGAUGUGAACGAUUCCGUUCCAUCAGCAUUAGUUUAUACAUUCGAAGAUAAGAAACUCCUCGAAUGGUUUAUGAAACACGGCGCGGAUCCCAACAAGAGAUGUCGUAUACGUGACUGUACACCACUCUCUUACGCUGUUAGAGACGCUCCUUUUGAGAUCAUUAAACUCCUUUUCAAUAAAGGAGGUCAAAUCUACCAUGGGCAACUUUUACAUUAUGCUGCCAUGCGAACAGCAGAUGAUAACCUGGUGGUUCUACAGUUUAUCUAUAACCAAGACCCAGUUUACAACAAGUCGCAAAUCAACAAACUUUUAGACGCAGGAUCGCCGAAUUACCUCAUGAAUGAACGAAAUGGCCUAGGAACUCCUUUACACUACGCGGCAAGCUGCGGCUCAGUGAGUAUAGUAACGUUCCUUCUAGAUAAGGGCUCAGUACACGAUUAUCUUGACCCUUAUCACCGCACUGCAAUGGGAUAUGCUGUUCAAAAUGGGCAUUUCGAGGUUCAAGAGAUACUUGCCGGACAAAACACAGAUGCAAGUACUUGA